AUGAACAAUCUACGCCGAUCACUAGACCCGUCAACUGGAUGCUGUUGCUCUCCUGGGCGCUGGGCGUCGGGCUACCGUCAAAUGGGCUUCUUGUGUCGUCGCCCAUCUUCACGAGAUACUAGGUGGGCUCGGGCGCGUGGAUUCUGGACGGGCAAAUCGAACACCCCAUCCAAGCAUUCCCGAUUACGCAUCUUCGCUGUGUUUACCGCCGCGAUAGGAUUUGGUGUUAUAUUACUUAGACCACCUGGGAACACUGUCCAGCUGGAAUCCAUCAGGGAAUACCCCGCUCAAUAUAACGCAAAGAAAGUAAACCCUGUUGAUAUGGUAGCAUCGUCCUUGGACAUAUCAGAUCUUCCCAAAGAGGAGGCGCAGCUCUCCUUCGCACCGAAUGUUCCCCCGCCUAUCACCAGGGACUACCCCGUUCUCCUCAAAGUGCCUUUAACAACAAGCACCAAGAUUAGUCAGCUCACGAACACAUACAAAUAUGAGCAGUGGACCUUCAAUAACAAAGUCCCGGGUCCAUUCAUACGAGCCCGUGUCGGGGACGUGAUCGAGUUAACACUGACAAAUAAGGAUGUCUCCGGCAACCCUCACAACAUUGACUCUCACGCCUUUACAGGUCCGGGGGGAGGAGCGGCGUUAACGACAGCAGAAGAGAACCAGACCAAAACAGGAAGAUUCAAGUUGAUGUAUCCUGGGCUGUUCUUUUACCAUUGCGCAGCAGCUCCGGUGCCCGUGCAUAUUGCCAACGGAAUGUACGGGCUCAUCUACGUGCAGCCGGAAAAGGACACACUCCCGAAAGUCGAUCGGGAGUACUACGUAAUGCAAAGCGAGUUUUACCAUGAGCCGCCGGAGAUUGAGGAGAACGGCAAGCGAUCAACUCUGGUGGAGUUCUCAUAUCCAAACGCCCUUCGUGAGGACCCGGAUGUCAUCGUCUUCAACGGCAGCGAGACAGCUCUCACUUUGGAUAACCCUCUGAAAGCAAAGACGGGCGAAACCAUCCGGGUUUUCUUUGGCAAUGCAGGACCAAAUUUAACCAGCUCUCCACAUAUCAUCGGCAGUACGUUUCACAAAUUGUACCGCGAUGGCGACGUCCUAAGCACCCCUGCACAAAACGUACAAACAGCCACCGUCCCUCCCGGUGCGGCGUCGAUUUUCGAUUCGAAGAUGGUUGUUCCGGGAACAUAUACUUUGGUGGACCAUGCUAUUUUCCGUCUGGAUAAAGGCUGUGUGGGAUUCAUAAAUGUAUCCGGGAAACCGAGGCCGGACAUAUAUCAGAGUGCUGAGCAUCCGGAGUCAUGUGUUGGAUGUAAACUGCAUCCAUGA